UCAGCUUGAGGCCAAGGAUGGGAGGCUCAUUAUUCACCUUGGGCUUCUUUUCAGCCUUUCAAAUGGUGGCAUGUUUCAACAUUGAGUCUACUUCCUGGAGACACAUCCACCAACCAGCUGAGGGCUUUGGCUACAAAGUGAUCCAGCAUGAUGCAUCAAGUGUGUUGGUGAGUGCUCCUCUAGAGCAGUAUGGUGUGAAUAGGAGAGGACGGGUUUACCAAUGCCAGGUCUCAUCCAGCUCCUGCUCACCACUACACAUACAUGUUCCCCAACAUGGAGUCAAUAUGUCCCUUGGCCUUUCAAUGAGCAAGACUGGGACGUCCACAAAGACCGUGGUAGGCAGCCAUGCCUGUUUACUGGUCUCUUAUUUUUGUUUGUGGACCAACCAUCCCUAA